CCCUCAAAAUCGAAAUAUUCGCCGUACGAUCUCGGCCGACCCAUACUAGCGAGCUUCCUCCGUUGAGCACCAGACUAUCACAAGACAUCACGAUCGCCGCUACCAUAUGGCAGACAUGGCUCAGAACGCUUACUACCCUGGCGGAGAAGGCUAUUACUACAUCAACACCCCUUCACCACAACAGUCGAUCCUGAGCAGCAACAACUACGCUUCACAUCAGACAACUCCUCAGACCGAUCACUCCGACUUUAGCUUCUCAGAAUCCCACAUUGCUUCCCGCUCAAACUCAGAGCCAUUUCUCUACCAACAGCAAGUUGUACCUCAACUUGGCGCACCGAUAAUCCUGCCACAAGGGAUCCAGGGAAUCCCAAUCUCACAUCAUUUGAGGAGCGAAGACAAACAGUCAAAGACCAACAAGCGGACACAAUGUGCUUGCGAAAAUUGCCGAAAUAAAAAAUCAAAGUGUGAUGGCGGACAACCUUGCCAGGGUUGUCAAGAGGCAAAUGUGCCCUGCAAGUACAGAGAGAUCCCCCCCUCCAAAAAGGACAAUGCUAUGCACGACUUGCUCGAAUUGAUGCAAUCCCAUAAUAAAGAGCUUCGCCGACUAGUGGACCGCAUCGAGGACAUCGAUCAACGACUCGGACGUGUCGAGCAACGCACCGAGCAGCGCCCAUGCUGGCAGUGCGGCACCCAACAAUUCCCCGUAUUCCAAUGAAACGCCAUUGGGACCUAGCAAAUUACGAGACCGACUGAGCACAUACUCCGGAUCGAGUCGCUCCGAAGCCUUGAGGAUGCCUCUGGUUGGCAGGUGGCAUUUUUCGACAUUCUAUUAAAGUCCAACAUGCGGACCAAAAGAUG